AUGAACUUCCCGCUUUCUGCUCCAUCCUCCAUCGCCAGAAACAAGAUUCUGGCCUGCAGCACCCCAAAAGAUCAGGUCCACGGUUCAACCAAUAGAAACGAUCUCUACGGUAGCAAGCCGCUGACUGUUCUCUAUGGAACUGGUCACCGUCGCGACUAUAAUACUCCACAAGUCAAUGACGAGUGCCAAGACCGUCGGAACACGUACCGAAACACUCGAAUCAGGAACAUGGCAUUCCCAUCCUCACCACCAAGACCUGGAACUGAGAAUAUCAAGAACUCUUACUUCACGAAUAAGAAUAGACCGAUCCUCGAAGCUCUACAAAAACAGGAUAAAGCAGAUUACAUUUUAAAGAAGGCACAGAAGGAACGUGAGCAGUACCGAGAGCACGUUUCUAACCUGUUCCAGGAAAACAUUGUGGAGGUCUUGGCAUCGCUUAUCGUCGUUGUCUGGCAGCUCUUCUACAUGUGCAACGUGGUUCCAUACGACGAGGACUUGGUGUACUGUCUCAACAUCGCUGUCUGCAUUGCAUACAGUGCGAUAUUCAUGGCGCCUCAGCCACUUCUCUGGGCUAUUUUUGGAUGUAGUUUCCUGGUAUACCUCUUGUUCGCCUGGCUAGUCGGUGGAGUGUAUGCUACUGGUGCAUUUGCGUUCACUGCGAUUUUUGGAAAAGCAGUUUGCUCGGUCCUUCAUUUCCUUUUCCUUCUCACCUGUUGA